AUGUCUUCCGAUGACGGUCCCCAGGAGAUUGCAGCUCUGCUUCUUCUCCCUCCUCCCCCGGCUGUCAAGUUUGAACAUUUCAAAGAUGCUUAUGAACCGACCUUGUCUACUGUUUUUUCCAAACUCUGCAAGACGCUUAAUGGCGUCAAUAGCAUUGCAAUUCUAGACAUUGCUAUUUCCAUACCAGGUCUGCUCUCACGAAGCUCUCAACCUCGGGCGAAGAUUUUCCCAAGUCUCCAACAUUACCUGGCAAAUAUCUACAGGCUGAUUGGAAUCGUCAGCGCCGAGCACAGCAUUGAGCUGGAUGCCCCUGGUGGCAUUGAUGCUCGGGUAAUCUUUGUUGAUUUCCCCACAGCCUCGGCAGAGGAUCGUCAGACUCCACGACAUGGACCAAUCCUCAAUUUGCAAUCGCUGGCAAAUUCUUCGCGACUAUGGGACUGGAUUUACUAUCCAGGAAACGAAGCAGGCCAGCACCUAGCAACAGCGUUUGAUAGUAUCUAUUCGAAGAACAAAGACCCGAACGCUGGAUCUUUGAUUUCACUCUCGAACCAACCCAGCUGGCCCUCUCCCAAGACAUUGAUAGUUCCCGAACUUAAGGCUCAAUCGCCGCAUUAUUCAGUUGCCGUAGGGGGCACAUUUGAUCACUUUCAUAUUGGACACAAACUUCUCCUCACUGCCACUGCGUUGGCUUUGGAACCUGUGGAAGAGUUCGACCCGAUCCCUGAGCGACACCUGACUGUGGGUGUCACAGGAGAUGCAUUAUUAAAGAACAAAAAGUAUGCUGAAUUUCUGGAGAGCUGGGAUGACCGAUGUCAGAGCACCUCGUCCUUUCUUAUGGCGAUUAUGGAUUUCAGCCUUCCAGACAGAAGUGCACCGCGCAUUGAGCGGGUAUCACAGCCGGGUCCCAACGGCCAUUAUGUGCUAAUGAAGGUCCGUUGCGGAUUGACGCUGAAAUUGGUACAAAUCACGGACCCGUUUGGACCGACCAUCACCGAUGAAAGCAUCGAUGCUCUCGUGGUGUCCGCCGAAACUCGCUCGGGAGGCGCAGCUGUCAAUGAUGAGCGAGCGAAGAAGGGCUGGAAGAGCCUCGAUGUCUUCGAGAUAGAUGUCUUACAUUCGGGGGAGGUUCCCACAACCGAUGGCGAAAGCUUUGCGUCGAAAAUAAGCAGUACAGAUAUCAGACGGCGUCGUAUGGAAAUGGCCACGGCUCAGUGA